UCAACUCGGCAGGCAGAGUGGUUGAGGCAGAGGAGAGACAAGCAGGAGGAGGAGGAGGAGGAUUGUUCCUGGGGAAGGUAGUCGUUUGACUCGUCUCGCAUGAAAAAAAACGAUGUAUGUGAGUCACAGAAAGUAAGACUCACUUUAAGAAGUAAAGAAAAAGGAAGUAGGAUUAAGAACGAGCAGAGGUGUCGAUAGAAAAGUGCGCAGGAUGGGCGAGAGAAGCGACGCUAUAAUGUUUAAAACAACAGGAUCUAAGUUGCUUCUGCCUGUCAGUGAAUAUCUUGGUUUCCCUCUUGACCAGGUGAACUUCAUAGCAUGCCAGCUGUUUGGCCUGGCUGUUGCCUUCUGGUUCCGCCUCUACCUCAAGCCCAGUCACUUUAAGCCGCUGGUCAGGCACACAGUCGCCACGCUCCUUGGCGUUACAUUUCUAGUCUUUUGCUUCGGAUGGUAUGCCACUCAUAUACUGGCCAUCGUGGUUGCAAUAUAUGUGAUCAUCCUUAAAGCUGACAUUAACCAUGUACACAGGUACUCUAUGGUGACUGCCAUGGGGUAUUUGACAGUGUGCCAAGUGAGCCGAGUCUUCAUCUUCAACUAUGGAGUCCUUUCCACAGAUUUCUCUGGACCUUUGAUGAUGGUAACACAGAGGAUCACCACACUGGUCUUCCAGCUGCAUGAUGGUAUGUGCAAGAAGAGCGAACAGUUGACGUCAGAACAGAAGCUUAUGGCUAUAAGAGAGAGGCCGUCUCUCAUCGAGUACCUGAGCUAUAACCUGAACUUCCUGAGCAUCUUGGUGGGGCCUUGCAGUAACUAUAGGGACUACAUAGACUUCAUAGAGGGGAGACACAUCAGCAGAAGACUGAAGCAACACUCUGGCUCCUGCAACGGACACAACGGUUAUGAUAAAACUCCAGACCUAUCGCCUCUAAACGCUGUCUGUCGAAAGCUGCUGGUCUGCUGUGGAUGCAUGCUCACCUUCCUGAUCGUGACACGAUCCCUGCCCAUAAAGUAUAACGUUGAGCCCGAUUUCGUCAACAACGCCCACUUCCUCACCAGGCUGACGUACGCCUUCUUCUCCAUACAAGCAGCGAGGCCCAAAUUCUACUUUGCCUGGACGCUGGCGGAUGCAGUGAACAACGCUGCAGGUUAUGGUUUUCUGGGGAUUGAUGAGAACGGAAAGCCUUCUUGGGAUCUUGUCUCUAAUCUCAACAUUGUUGGGAUUGAGACAGCAACCAGUUUCAAAACGUUCAUAGACAACUGGAACAUCCGAACUGGAGUUUGGCUUAAGACGGUGUGUUAUGACCGAGCCCCCAAGCACCGGUUAGCACUGACCUUCAUCCUGUCUGCUCUGUGGCACGGCGUUUAUCCAGGCUACUACUUCACCUUCCUCACUGCCAUCCCCAUCACCAUGGCAGCCAGAGCUAUCCGAAAGAGAGUUCGGCACCACUUCCUCAACUCCAAAGGUCUGAAGCUGGGUUAUGACAUCGUCACUUGGGCCGCCACCCAGCUCGCCAUCUGCUACACCGUCAUGCCUUUUCUUCUCCUUUCAAUUGACCAAACCUUAACUUAUUACAGAUCCAUGUACUUCCAUGUGCACAUCCUCAGCAUUUUGGCUGUCAUCACCCUGCAUGGGAAGCAUAAACCCAAAGAUGCUUCCUCUGUCUCCACCAAAUCCCCUCCUCCCGUCUCUUCCUCCUCCUCCUCCUCUCCAGAUCUGUGCCAGCCUGUCCCCUGCAACAACAACCACAAAAACGCCUGAAAAUCCCUUCUUCAUUCUGUUGGAUUCAGAUCUCCUCUUGAUAUUCUCUCAGGCACUCUGAGGACUUUAAACUAUUUAUUUAUGAUGAAGUAAUGAUGGCAAAAGCAAGUAAGGCCAUCAGCAUUAUCCCUCCCUGUUUUCCUUGAAUGUUUGCCCUUAUUUUUUAUUUUUUACAGCAGCAUGCCCCUCCCACAGGACAAUGGUGGAGGGGAGAAGCGAUGCCAGCACAGUGGGAGAGCAGCUCAUGAGGCGGGCACAAAUACCAGGACACACAGGCGUAUCUGUAAACAGACAUUAGGACACAAAUAUGCACAGGCUCCCCCAGACAUGCUUGCACUCUGAUGGCGCACAAAGGCAACCCUUGUGAGGCCACGAAGAGCAGGAGGGGCCAGAAGAGCACCAGCUGCCCCCACUUCAGCCAGAAGGUCUGCGGGUUUUCCCAGAGUGACAUGUCUCCAACCUGCGCUGGUCACUCUUUAACGGUUUCAGUAUUGAUCCCACCGCUUUUUAACCAGCACAAGUCCAAAUUUGAAUCAAGCUGAGGAGGUGAAUUACAGAUGAAGACGCCUGAUCACCAUCCAGAAGUGUUUUAACCGGUUGGAAUCAUUAUCAUCUCUGCAUCAGAGCUUUGAACUUAUCCCUUUAAAGUUUUUCGUUCAGGAAUUUCUCCAAAAAGUGACAAUCUUUCAAAGCCUCACGAUUGAUUGGUGUCGGUAACAGAGACAUCUGGUGGCUGUCAGAACCUUCUGAGCCAAGCUUGACCAGAACCCAAGUCAGCUUCUGAGAUCACUGAGGCUGCAUCACCACUUUCCAAACACAAACCCGCAGCUUUAUUGUCCACUAAUAUUUCAGUUUCCCCUCUUUGUUUUUCUUCUGGUUUGCAGUUGCACCUUUUACUUUUACACGAUCACGUUUGAAGGUUGUUGUUUUUAAAAAUCACAGAACACGGAAAAAAGGAAACAAAACUGACUUUACAGUUUUUUCUUUGAGGUGACAGUUUUUUUUUUAGCUUUAAACUAUUUGUUUAGGGAUUCAUGUUUUUUUUCUAAUGGCUUUUGUACUCAUUCAUUUCACCAUCUCUGUUUAACGAUACUAGAACGAAAUUUUAAGCUUUUUCCUAUUGGACCGAACUGCUACUGAAACUUGAUUUUUAAUGCACAGACAAUUGAGAGAAAGGGUAAUAUUAUGUUUAUUGUUAUUAUACUGAAAACAUUUUUUUUAAGAUAAUUUACCUUCCCAUAACUUUAGUAAAAUAAAUUAUUUUUUUAAAUUAAUUUACAGAUUUUUUUGGACUAAAGAUUUCUGUUAGUGUGUUGGUUGUUCAGAUGUUUAAAGUUACCGUCCCCUGAAGGAGCUCGUCCGAUGUUGGGACAUGGAUUUUCUUCUGAAUCACAGUAAUAUUUUGCUGGGAGCUGAUUGCAGACGCUCUGUGAGUUGAAGCUCAUUUUUCAGAUUUGCUUUUGUCAUUAAGACCUGUUAACUUAUUGCCGCCAUGUUGAGAACAAGCAGUUGUUAAGAAUGACCGAACACUGUAAACUGAGGUAUGUUUUGCAGAUGUUUUUUUACUAUUUUUUUGACUGGAUGUCUGAUAUUUUACUAAACUCUGUGCCAUUUUAGUAUUGUCUGUUUGAAUUAACGAGUGAGUGCUAUGAAAUAACUCAGAGAAGGAGAAAAGAUGCAGGUUUUAUAGAACAAAGGUUUGCAUUUGGCUCAUUAAUAACUGCUGUAAAACAAUUGUUUUACAACGGUGUAAAUAAAAAUGUUUUCAGAAAAGAA